AUGGCCUCCAAUGUCAAUCUCACCAGUGAUAUUGAUUUUAUAGAAACUCCCAAGGCUGAGCCCUCCAAGUUUGCAACAACUGAGGAUUGUGGGAUCCCCACCACAAACUCACCAGCUAUCCACAAUGCCCCGCUGCCCGCAGAAGGAGCUGGCAACGAGAGCUUCUCCAACCGCUUGCUGUUCGGUGCCCUGGUGGGAGUCCCUACACUCCUUGCAUGGGGAGUGGGCGGUGGUUUCAAGACCACUGUCUUCUUUGGUAUCAUCACCCUUGUGCCAGUCCUGAUUGCUUUCUGGGCUUGGAAAUCGCACUCGAGCCCCCGCACGAACGAGAAGGCCAAGCUGCCCGGUCGGCCCGUUGAGCACUACAUCACAUUCAAGAACGAGGCGGAUCGCGCCAAAUGGCACGGAAAGAACCGCAUCCCGAUGCAGACUUUCUGUGAAAUGUACCUCGACGGCACCGUUGACUUCAAUGGUGACUGUCUCGACGUGAUGGAAUACCGACACGACUGGGCUCACUUUGGCUUCACCUGGGAUCUCUUCAAGUUCAUCUUCUUGACUUUUGCUAGAGAUGUUCUGUUCCACACCAAGGAUCAGGAUGAGGAACAGAUCCGCCCGAACUACGACCGCGGCAACGAUCACUACGCCUGGUUCCUCGGCCCCCGCAUGAUCUACACUUCCGGUGUCAUUUCUGACAUCGAGCGAGAGGAAACCCUCGAAGAGAUGCAGGAUAACAAGAUGGCCAUUGUCUGCGAGAAGCUCGCCCUCAAGGAAGGCGAGACCAUGUUGGAUAUUGGUUGUGGAUGGGGAACUCUGGCCAGAUUCGCCAGUCUCAACUACGGAGCAAACGUCACCGGUCUCACUAUCGCGAAGCACCAGACAGCUUGGGGAAAUGAUGCACUCCGAAAUGCUGGUGUCCCAGAGUCCCAGAGCCGUAUCCUGUGUAUGGACUACCGCGAUAUCCCUCGUACCAAGUACAACAAGAUCACGCAACUGGAAAUGGGCGAACACGUUGGUAUCAAGAAAUUGACUGGCUUCUUCCGUCAGUGCUAUGACAUGCUCGAGGAUGACGGUUCCAUGUAUGUCCAGCUCUCCGGUCUCCGACAGGCAUGGCAAUACGAGGACUUCAUCUGGGGACUUUACCUGAACAAGUACAUCUUCCGUGGGGCGGAUGCCUCUACUCCUCUUUGGAACUACGUGAGAUCCUUGGAACGGGCCGGCUUCGAAAUCAAGGGUGUCGAUACCGUCGGAGUCCACUACUCUGGAACUCUCUGGAGAUGGUACCGUAACUGGCUUGGCAACCUCGACGCAAUCAACGCCAAGUAUGGCCAGAGGUGGUACCGCAUUUGGGAGCUUUUCCUUGCCUGGUCUGUCAUCGCCUCCCGCCAAGGCAGUGCAACAUGUUUCCAGAUUCUUGUUGUCAAGAACUUGAACGCGACCCACCGUGUCGAUGGGAUUGCUUCUCAGUUUGGACUUUCCGCCGCCCUUGAGGCGAGCAAGAAAGCAGGAAAGUCCAAGCUGCAAGCCGCAUGA